AUGAUACGACUAAGAUGCCUUCGAGCUCACUACUCGACUAAUAAAAUUGCAGGUCCAAGCUUGAUUUCAUUAAGCAGCUCAAAAAGCUACAAAGAAUCGUUGUCGGCCAAUUCAACUCUUGCUCAAUUGGUAGAGGCUUAUCGAUCUGGCAAUUUAAGGGUCGCAGAAGAUGUUCAGGGCAAUUCGGCAGAGAUAAACUCCAACAGAUCAUUACCUAUGACCCUAUUUCCCAAAGUACAGGUAUUUUCCGAUGUAAUGAGUGAUCCUAAAGUGGGCGAUUGGAGGAAGCCAAUGACAAAAUGGUUUCGCCUGGGUAAAACCGUCUUGAAGAUGUAUCUUAAUGGCAUACGAGAUACUUGGAAUGUUCACAAGGAAUCAAGGGAAACUCUUGACAAGUUUGCUAAACACCAGCCGCUGGUGACACAACUGUAUAGAGACCUGGAGUUCCGAGAAAUCGAAUCACGAAUAAAAUCAACUGGGCCUGUUCAACUGGCAAUUACCAGAAAAGAAUUCCAGGAAGUACACAGACGAAAAGAAUUUUGGAAGCUGCCAUCAUUUUUUGUUCUCUUUAUUCUUUUCGAGGAAGCUCUGCCUUUCAUUUGUUACUUCAUUCCAUCCAUCGUGCCUUGGAACUGUUUGACACCCGGUGCGUUUAAAAAGUUAUCAGAAGUCCGUAUCUCCUCACAGAAGUUUCUUCCGUGCAAGAGUUCCGAGACGCCGGCUCCAGAUUACGUUUCUCCUUACGCAAUGCCUUUGACGAACGUAACCGAGCUACUUAGAAGCUUCAAACUAUUGCCAAGGUGGAAAUCAAUAAUCUACAACUGGUUUGACAAUAAAGUUGAGCCUUGCGAAUCUUUGGCCCAGUUUCAUCAAUAUUUGGUGUUGGACGAUUGGUUUCUUCUACAAAGCAUGCUAAGCAAAGAAAAACAAACUACGCUUACGGAGAAAGAGCUCAUCAAUGCAAUUUUGGAAAGACAGCUUUAUGAGCCCGGAGAAAAUUUGAAUAGUUUGGCACGCGAAGAAGCAGGACGCAAAGUGUUGUUAUGGCGUCUCUUUAUCUAUUGGGCCUUCAGGUUUCAAGACACAAUAGUGGCGGGUGGUUCAAAGACAUUUUCCGAAGUAUGGGGCGUCAAUAAUGUAGGAAUUCUAAAUUUUCCAGGCUCUCAAAAACUCUUGAAUAAGACAAGUUUAGACAAUCUUGAAAUUUGA